GUGGAAUGGAAUUCGAAAGGCUUGCACGUGCUGCCCUCGAGUGACCUGGUCGGACUGAAGUUGUUUUCAAUGUCAAUGCAGACGUUUCGCGCUAAAUUCGAUGUUCUAUCUACGAAGAUUGAAACGACGCAACCACUUCCGCAGUGUGCUAUGCGUAGUUUGCAACCAGUUCUCCAAACAAUUGGUAGUCUUCCUGCACCCCGAGGAAUAUCGCUUGAAAAGCAGUUAAUGCAUAGCAUUAUCGUUAGCUGGAAGCCACCCGAAUUCCAGGAGGUUACGGCGUACCAUGUCUAUGCGGAUGGUCAAUUCCGAGCAUCCGUUGGUGGACAUGAAAAGCGAAGAGCUUUAGUCGAAAACAUCGAUGCCUCCAAGCAACAUCGGAUUUCAAUACGCACGGUGACAAGCAGAGGUCAGUCUAAGGAUGCUGAAUGCACUCUCCUCGUGGGCAAAGGUGCGAGCCCCGCACCCACACGCCUAAAGGCCUCUCACAUCACCACCAACUCAUGCAAGCUCAGCUGGCUGCCAGGGAGCAGUAACUUCUACCAUGCAAUCUUUCUCAACAAUCACGAACUUCGUGUCUGCCCACCAGGUGUUUACAAACUCUUCCUCACUGGCCUUCAUCCCAACACACUUCAUUGCGUUCGUGUUGAAUCAAAGUGCUCAAGUGGUUCGAAUGAGCCUCCUCCUGCCUGCAAUUUAUCUCAAUCUUCACAAAUCACAGGCCUACCAAGUCCCCCCAGAAAUGUCCAAGUUGAAGCUGGUCCCCAGGAUGGAGUUCUGCUUAUUUCAUGGCGACCGGUACCGCAGGCAACCCACGUCUUUCCCAAAUGCGAAAAUGAACAGUUGGUCCAGGGCUACACUGUAUGCAUCAAUGACCACCCUCUGAUGGACGUGCCUGGAGCUGAGCGUGAGUUGAAAUCGGGCAUUUCCAUUUUGCAUCAUUUGAUAUUACUGACAUUUGUACUAAUCAUACCACUAAAUCAGGUAGGUAUCCAAUUUAGACCAACUUUAGCGGAUGCGAUCCCCACUGCAUUGAAUUAUGCUGGAAUCGAUGUCAAGCUAUUUGGGUCGUUUGGGGCUAAUCUACAAUCAUCAGACACGUUCAAGGCCUCCCAACAUGGGAUUCACAGUUUACGGUGCUAA